AUUUAUAGUUCACAUAUGACGGGCCCAACCUGAAACAUCACAUCUAAUCACUUCUCUCUUGAUAUAUAAACUUAAUUUACGAUUUCAUUAUCCCCUCUCUGCCCGAUUGUAUUCGUUCCACUUCCUGUCGAUUCACCCCAAGUCCAUCCACGCUUCUGCCUUUCUCUCUCCUCGUCUCUGUUUCCUUCAUAAAUCCACUUCGGUUCCUUUACAAUGGACUUCAAAGAACGACGCAAAUGGCCAGAUGCUUCUCAGGAAAUUCAAGAAACACUUCUGCAAAGAAUAAUGAUACUUGAUGGUGCCAUGGGAACAAUGAUCCAAAAACAUUCAUUGGUUGAAGAGGAUUUCCGUGGAACUCUGUUUCCUGAUCCCAUAAAACCUCUUCAGGGCAAUAACGAUGUCCUCACUCUAACUCAACCAGAUCUUAUCUAUAACAUACACAAGUCUUACCUGGAUGCUGGGGCAGAUAUUACUGAAACCAACACAUUCAAUGGAACCAAAAUUGCCCAGGCUGACUACGGCCUGGAACAUCUUGUUUAUAAAAUGAAUUCUGAAUCGGCAAAACUAGCAAGGGCUGCGGCAGAUAACGUGUUUCGAGAAACAGGAAUACAGCGUUAUGUCGCUGGAGCAAUUGGUCCUACCAAUAAAACUCUCUCUCUCUCUCCAUCAGUGGAACAACCAGAACUGAGAACCAUCACUUUUGAUCAACUUGUGGCAGCUUAUAAAGAACAAGCUCAGGGUUUAUUGGAUGGAGGGGUCGAUGUGUUUCUGGUGGAAACCAUAUUUGAUACAGCAAAUGCCAAGGCAGCAUUUUUUGCCCUUGAUGAAUUGUUUGAAGAAACAAACAGACAAUGUCCAAUUUUUGUAAGUGGUACCAUUGUUGACUUGAGUGGUCGGACAUUAUCAGGACAAACAACAGAAGCCUUCAUGAUUAGCGUAUCUCACACCAAUCCAAUGUGUUUAGGGCUGAACUGUUCCUUAGGGGCCCAGCUUAUGAGACCCUUCAUUGAAAUCAUUUCCAAAAACUCUGAGGCUUUUGUCAUCUGUUACCCUAAUGCAGGUUUACCAAAUGCAUUUGGUGAAUAUGAUGAGACUGAAGAAAUGAUGGCAGCUAACUUAAAGUCUUUUGCUGAGGAUGGACUUGUAAAUAUUAUCGGAGGAUGUUGUGGCUCGACUCCUGCGCACAUAAGGGCCAUUGCUGAGGCUAUGAAAGGCUUAGCACCAAGGCAGCGUUCCAUUCCCUUGAGCCCUUCAUAUACACAGCUAUCAGGUUUGGAACCGAUGGUCAUUGGACCCUACACCAAUUUUGUUAACAUUGGGGAAAGAUGUAAUGUGGCUGGGUCGAAGAGAUUUUCGAAUCUUAUAAAGAAACAAGAUUAUGAGAAUGCGCUUUCAGUUGCCAAAGACCAAGUGGCCAACGGUGCACAAAUCCUUGAUGUCAACAUGGAUGAAGGAUUGCUCAACAGUGAGGAAGAAAUGGCGACUUUUGUGAAUUUCAUUGCAUCGGAUCCUGAUAUUGCAAAGGUGCCCCUCUGUGUUGAUUCGUCCAGUUUCUCUGUGAUCGAGGCUGGCCUCAAGUGUUGCCAGGGCAAGUGUAUCGUCAACAGUAUCAGCCUGAAGGAGGGGGAGCAAGAUUUCAUAGAGAAAGCGAAGUGCAUCAAACGGUAUGGCGCCUGUGUCAUUGUGAUGUGCUUUGAUGAGGAAGGUCAGGCGACCAGUGUUGAGAGAAAAGUUGAGAUCUGUGAGCGAUCAUAUAAAAUUCUUACAGAAGUGGUUAAACUCUUGCCCCAGAAUAUCAUCUUUGAUUUGAAUAUUCUGACCAUUGCUACAGGAAUAGAAGAACACAAUGAUUAUGUUAAAAAUUUCAUCAAUGCCACAAGUAUUGUCAAGCAAAAUCUUGCUGGUGUCAAAAUCAGUGGUGGGAUUUCCAAUCUUUCUUUUGCAUUUCGUGGUAAAAACCAAAUCCGUGAAGCAAUGCACAGUGUGUUUUUAUAUCAUGCUAUCAAGGCUGGAAUGGAUCUUGGAAUUGUCAAUGCUGGCAAUCUUCCAUUGUAUUCGGAUAUUGAAGAAAAUCUUCUUCAUCUGUGCGAAGGCAUAAUAUGGAAUACUAUUUCAGAUGGCACCGAACAAAUGUUAAUGUAUGCAGAGAAGUUGGAUAAAACUCCGAAGAAGAAUGUGACAGAGGAAGAAUGGCGAAAUUUGCCCCUGGAGGAGCGUCUCAUUUACUCUCUUGUGAAGGGAAUUGACAAAUACAUCAUCCAAGACGUGCAAGAAGCUCACCAAUCUGUAGAUGCUUAUCCAAUCCCUUUGAAGAUAAUUGAAGGGCCAUUAAUGAAGGGAAUGAACACGGUCGGAGAUUUGUUUGGUUCUGGCAAAAUGUUUCUGCCACAAGUUAUCAAGUCUGCUCGUGUCAUGAAGAAAGCUGUCGCUUAUCUGAUUCCUUUUAUGGAAGAUGACAAAGACAAGAAAUUGAAUAAGAGGACUUAUAGUGGUACCAUGGUGAUAGCGACAGUGAAAGGAGAUGUCCAUGAUAUCGGGAAAAAUAUUGUUGCUGUUGUACUUGGCUGCAAUAAUUUCAAAAUUGUCGACCUUGGUGUGAUGACUCCCUGUGAGAAGAUCCUCAACACUGCUAUUGACAUUAAUGCUGAUGUCAUUGGUCUGUCAGGAUUAAUUACUCCAUCUCUUAAUGAAAUGGUUCAUGUGGCACAGGAAAUGGAGAGAAUUGGUCUGAAGAUUCCAUUGUUGAUUGGAGGUGCGACAACAUCAAAGCAACACACAGCUGUGAAAAUCUCUCCUGCUUAUUCUGGACCCACAGUUUAUGUCCCAGAUGCAUCCAAGAGUGUCUUUGUUUGUUCUGCUUUGAUGAAUAAAGAUUCUGUAGAAGAAUAUUUGGAAGAAAUUUCUGAAGAUUACGAUGAAAUACGUCAGGAUUAUUUGGAUUCUUUGAAGAAUCGUGUUUAUCUGAGUUUGAAGGCAGCACAAGAGAAAAAGUUCCAAAUAGAUUGGUCUUUGCAUCCUCCGGCACCUCCCCCUACAUUCUUUGGAACAAAGAAAAUUGUUGACUGCAGUUUGGAAGAAUUAAUUCCAUUCAUUGAUUGGAAACCAUUCUUUGAUGUUUGGCAGCUGAAAGGAAAAUACCCAAACCGUGGCUACCCGAAAAUCUUUAAUGACGCCUCAGUUGGAACAAUGGCCAAGAAAUUAUUCGAUGAUGCUCAAGAAUUACUGAAGAAAUUCAUUGAAGAAAAAUCUUUGAAAGCUAGUGGUGUUUUCGGCUUUUACCGUGCCAAUUCCAAUGGUGACGAUAUUGAAAUUUAUGAUGAGAACAGAAGAGUUAUUGCAGUCUUUUAUGGCUUAAGACAACAGGCUAAAAAAGUCCAGAAUCAAGAUGCACAUUAUUGUUUAUCUGACUUCAUUGUUCCUGUUGAGAGUGGACUGACGGAUCACAUUGGGCUCUUUGCAGUCACUGCAGGCAUCGGGGCUGACAACUUAUGUAACCAGUUUGCUGAAAAUCAUGAUGAUUACAAUAAACUUAUGGUACAAGUACUAGCGGAUCGGUUGGCAGAGGCUUUUGCUGAGAAACUUCAUGAAGAUGUUCGCUGCCAAUAUUGGGGUUACAAUACUGAGAAUUUGGAAUCCCAAGAUCUCCAUAGAAUAAAAUACCAAGGUGUCCGUCCAGCCCCUGGCUAUCCAAGCCAACCUGACCACACAGAAAAAUUGACCAUGUGGAAAUUAUUAGAAGCUGAUUCCAUUGGCAUCGAACUGACCGAAUCCCUUGCCAUGUAUCCUGCAGCAUCCGUUUCAGGACUCUAUUUUUCACACCCCAAAUCAUUCUACUUUUCUGCCGGCAAAAUUGCUAAAGACCAGGUAAUCAGUUAUGCAGAAAGAAAAUCUGUCAGUAUUGAACAGGUAGAGAAGUGGUUACAACCAGUUCUUAGCUACGCUUCAUCCUGAUCCAGCCAGUCUUAGACUUUAUUCUGUUUUUAUACAAUUUUAUAUAUUCUAUAUUUUUAUGCAUUUUUUUGUUUUAUUUUUACAUUUUAUUUAAUGACAAAGAUUUUUAUCUCAGGGAUUCUGGUAUUUAAAAUUACACAUCAUUGUUAUAUUUAUUAACGUCAAUGAAGAGGUGUUGGCAGGCACAACAGGCAACUUUCAACUUUCUAAUUCAUUAUUUGGGCUUUCCAUAUAGUUUUGUGUGUGUGUGUGUGUGUGUGUGUGUGUGCAGGCAUGGCUGUGUGGGUAAGUAGCUCACUUCACAACCACAAGGUUCCAGGUUCAAUCCUAUUCUGUAAUACAUUGGCCAUUUUUCUUCUGCCAUGGCUUUAGGUUGCCUAAUACCAUAUGAAUAAUGAAUAACAGUGAGUGAUUGUGUCAGUUUCCAUAGCUGACAAAGCGGAAUGAAACAGAAACACCUGUGUCUUAUGAUUUAAUGACAUCACUCAACCUGAAACAAAAAAUGUGUCUUUACACAAGUCUAAGUGGCAAACUUUCUCUUGGUACUAGUCUCGCAGUGAUAGGUCUUAUCAUGUCUGAAUGCAAUCAAACAUAUUAAACAUGACUUUACAUGAAUAUAUUGUAUUGAAAGCUGCUUCAUGCAACAUUAUUUACACAUGCAGAGAGAGAAAGAGAGAGAGAGAGAGAGAGAGAGAGAGAUAGAGAUAGAGAGAGAGAGAGAGAGAGAGAUAGAGAGAGAGAUAGAGAGAGAGAGAGUCUUAUCAGAUGGCUGUUUACUUUCUUGAGUUCAUCUACCCUUUGAGAGGUUUUGCUUUUCAUCCUACAGAGUGCCCCUAAAUCCACCCUCUUCACUUAUGGCUGGACUAAGCAGGUUUGGUAGGGUCACUGGUUUAGUCGUUGGUGGUCUGACCAUGAAACAAAUCGUGCUGUGUCACAUGGGACCAGAUACUAAUUAAAGAUAACAUAAACUUAACUGUUGUUUAUCAUGCAGAUGGUGUCUCUGUGUUAUUUAAUUUCUUUUUUUCUCUUUCUUUUCUUUCACACACACUCUCUGCCUCUUUUUCAUAUAUUAUUGAAUGAAUGAUUGAGACACACACACACACAUUAAGCAGAGUUAUCAGAGUAUAAAAUUUCAUUUAUCUACUCCUGUAUACAUGUCCAGGUAUUCCAUGUGUUGCUUUUGAUAUUAUAUUCCUGAUCAUGUUUUUCUUGUCCCCUGGAAGUGUUGCUAGAACCUUCAUCUGUGAAGCUCACCGAUAACGUUUUCUGCUGUGAUUAUAUUUAAAUGAAACCCGAAAGUCUGUUGUAUAUUUUUGAAUAAACUCUCUUAAAUUCCUUUAAA